AUGGUGCGCCAGUACUAUAGCAACUGCACAAUCUACCAAAGUGGUGAAGAGACGCGAGAGCUCGGUCCGGCGUUCAUCGUGCUAGGUGCGAUGCAACAACGGGUGAUUGGAUGUCCGCACCUUGGGAGCACCGAUGACGAGAAGGAGCUCUUUUUUACGCAGCUGGAGAGGGAGUAUGACUGCUGCCCACAACAUGAUGUGAAGAUCGUCAUCGGAAGACCGGAUAAACCAACAAUUGGAAGCUUCAGCGCCCACCAGCUGACAAACGAUAUUGGCCUCAGGCUCAUCAAUUUUGCCUCCUCCAAGCACAUGAGCAUUCGCAGCACCUUUUUGCAGCACGCACCACGGUUCAGCUACACCUGGAGGUCACCACUACAAACCUGUUCCCAAAUCGAACACGUUCUAAUAGACGGAAGGCACUUCUCGGAUAUUAUCGACGUGAAACCGUACAGAGGCGCAAACGUCGACUCGGACCAUUUCCUGGUAAUGGUAAAGCUGCGCCAGAAACUCUCCGUGGUCAACAACCAACGGAGCAAGCCUACCCCAAGGCUCUAUCUGGAUCGGCUGAGACGUGCUGAUGUGUCGGAGGGGUAUGCGCCAGCGCUCGGGGAAGCGCUCUCGUACGACAAUCACGCAAUGCCCCUAGGAGAUCACUGGCGUAUGGUGGAACGAGCCAUCAGCACCGCAUCGGAACUGAAAAUUGCCCACUUACCACGCAGUCAGCGAAAGGAAUGGUUCGAGGAAGAGUGCACUCGUGCACUAUGUGAGAAGAAUGCAGCACGCGCCCUCAUGCUUCAGCAUGAAACCCGUAAGAACGUGGAAAACUACAAACGACUGAGGAGACUGCAGACCCUGUUUUUCCAGAAAAAGAAGCUCCGCUCUGAAGAGUCAGAUGAAAAGCUGCUGGAGCUGAUUUCUCAGUCGGGGGACGGCUGCUCGUUUUACAGGAGGUUUAAAGAGGCGCGGUGUGGAUUUGCUCCUAAAACCGCGAUGUGCCGGGACGCAGACGGAAACCUUCUGACAGACAGAGCGGACACCUGUACGGUGCAGAGACAGGAGGGGUUGAUAUAA